UUCUUCUUCUGUGGUAUCAGGUACAGCCACAGUUUUGAAGAGCUGUUAGAGUACGAGACAAGAAGUCCAGAAGAUCCCCACACCCUUAAUGACUUCCUAGAGAUCCUGAUUAAGAUUCGGAACAGACACAAUGACGUGGUGCCCACUGUGGCCCAGGGUGUCAUCGAAUACAAAGAGAAGUUUGGUUUUGACCCCUUCAUCAGCAGCAAUGUGCAGUACUUCCUUGACCGCUUCUACACCAACCGCAUUUCUUUCCGCAUGCUCAUCAACCAGCACACUCUUCUGUUUGGUGACGCCGCUUGUCUUGCGCAACCAAAACACAUCGGAAGCAUCGACCCAGCCUGCAACGUGGCUGAGGUGGUGAGAGAUGCAUAUGAGACAGCAAAGAUGCUCUCUGAGCAGUACUACAUGACAGCACCUGAACUGAAGAUCGGGGAACUCAACUCCAAAGCUCCAAAGAAGCCUAUACAGGUGGUCUAUGUGCCCUCUCAUCUUUUCCACAUGCUGUUUGAGCUCUUCAAGAAUUCCAUGCGGGCAACAGUGGAGCUCUAUGAAAACAGCAGUGAGGGGCUUCCUCCAGUGAAAGCAAUGGUUACUCUGGGAAAAGAGGAUCUCUCAGUAAAGAUUAGUGACAAAGGUGGAGGUGUCCCCUUAAGAAAGAUUGAUCGUCUUUUCAAUUACAUGUAUUCCACUGCUCCAACACCACGUCUGGAUCCCUCACAAACUGCUGUCCCACUGGCUGGUUUUGGCUAUGGACUGCCAAUCUCUAGACUCUAUGCACGCUACUUUCAGGGAGACUUGAACCUGUACUCAAUUGAAGGGUUCGGGACAGAUGCAGUAAUUCAUCUUAAGGCUCUUUCUAGUGAGUCUUUUGAGCGUCUUCCAGUCUUCAAUAAGUCAGCGUGGCGACAUUACCAGACAGGUCCUGAGGCUGAUGACUGGAGUAACCCGAGCAGUGACCCACGAGAUGCAUCCACGUAUAAAGCCAACAGAUGACUUUAUUGUAUCUGCUACAGUAAUAGUGAUGGAAUUACAGCAGCCAAGCUUAAACAGAACACUGCCACAUAAGGAAACUUGAUAUUUGACCUUUAUAGGACUUGCUUACUGCCAUUUCUAAAGGUCUGAAAAUAAUAGCUUUACAAUAGUGAGAGUGUGGAGGAUAUAUAGGUUAUGUGGAGAAUAUAGCAAGAAACAACUGAAAACUCAUCUCUUCUGUGAGUAUCUAACUGCCUCCAAUAAUAAUACAAAUUAAAA